AUGUCCCCUUUGAGAGGUACAAGGAUCUCUUGGCGGAGCUUCGAUCGGGAGCGCGCGACUCGACAAGCAGCGAAGGAUUCGAAAGAAGAGGCAGUGGAGAAGAGCGUUGGAUGGGAACCCGAAGAACCCAGCUGCAGCGUCGCGGGAGGGAACUUCGAGCUCCGAUUUUCGGUGAAGAAGCUGGAUGAGAGAGGAAGGAAUUUGAUGGCGAUGACGAAAGCCACGACGGACGAAUCGGGGAGUGGGGGAUGA